UUUCUCAGCAUUAUACAGAGAAAUGAACUUAUAAAUAUUUUAUCUUAAAUGAAAAAUUACAGGAUAUAGCGCUUUUCAUUCCCCGUCUCUUUGACGCUACUGCAGUUUGUUGAGUUCUAAGCAAGGUUGAUACAAAUUCAAACAACAUGAGCAACACAAUAGACUUGACCGGAGAUGGGGGUGUUGUCAAAACAAUUGUAAGACGAGCAAAAGCCGAUGCAAUCACUCCCUCCGAGAGUCUCCCUCUCGUUGACGUUCAUUAUGAAGGCACACUUGCUGAAACUGGUGAAGUCUUUGACAGUACACACGAAGAUAACACAAUUUUUACUUUUGAAGUUGGACAGGGCACCGUCAUCAAGGCAUGGGAUGUUGCACUAAAAACUAUGAAGGUUGGGGAGAUUGCAAAAAUUACUUGCCAACCAGACUAUGCUUAUGGAAGUGCAGGUUCUCCACCAGAUAUCCCCCCAAAUGCAACCCUUAUCUUUGAGGUAGAGUUGGUUGCCUGCAGACCACGCAAGGGCUCAAGUCUGAGUAGUGCUUCUGAUGAGAGGGCUAGGCUUGAUGAGCUAAAGAAGCAGAGGGAGCUUGCAGCAGCAAAUAAAGAGGAUGAGAAAAAGAAGAGGGAAGAAGCUAAGGCAGCCGCUUCUGCUCGUAUUCAGGCAAAGCUUCAGGCAAAGAAAGGGAAGGGAAAAGGCAAAGCAAAAUGAGAACAUCACAAUAAUUACCUCAAGAAAUUGUAAACCUUUCUUAUUUAAUCAAAAAAUUUAACUUUUAAGGAUUCUAGAGGACUUCAGACUUAAUCACAAGUGGGUAUGAAAGGUAUACAGUAUUAUAGUUUCUUAAAUAAAGUUACCAUAUGUUUGAUAAUGUGCUUAAAUACAAUGACUUGUACUCAAAA